AUGGAAAUAGUAAGAGGGAAACCUAGUGUAUCUUAUGGGGAGUUGCCGUCAUACCUGUAUAUGUUGGAGUACACAAAUCCAGGAACGGUUACAAGGUUGCAUAAGUCGGAUGAGGGACGCUUCCUUUACACAUUUGUUUCCCUGUAUUCAUCUAUCAAGGGUUGGGAAUAUUGUAGGCCAAUAAUGGUGGUUGAUGGGAGCUUGCUUAAAGCAGCAUAUAGGGGGACAGUAUUGACUGCUUGCACACUGGACGCAGCUAGUGAGUACACUAUAUCAGGAUUCCUUUCUCUUAAUGGUAGUUUCAGGAAUAUCUUUCCGCUAGCCUAUGCACUCAUCGACUCAGAAAAUGAUGCAUCUUGGGGAUGGUUCUUCAUGCAAUUGAAGAAUACUUUUGGGGUUCGGGAAGGAAUGCGUAUUGUUUCGGAUAGACAUGAUAGCAUCCAGAAUGCAACAUCAACUGUUUACCCAGAAGUGCCUCAUUGUUUCUGCAUCUACCAUUUGUGGAACAAUGUCAAGGAUCUAUUCAGGAAAAAUAAGGAAAAAGCGAGACCGAUAUUUUUUACUUUGGCUAAGGCUUACACCACCGAAAGGUUUGAACACUACAUGAACGAAUUGAAUAAAAUUGAUCGGCGAGUGCAACCUUAUUUGUUCAGUGUUGGGUAUGAACGGUGGUCUAGAGUAUUCUGUAGAGUGAAAAGGACAAUUUUCAUGACCUCCAAUAUAGUUGAGUCAAUGAAUUCGACAAACAAAUUUGCCAGAGAGCUUCCAGUAAGACGUUUGCUAGAGUUUUUGACAAAGUUGAUGACACAAUGGAGCUAUGAAAAUAGAAAACAUGCAACAAAGUCUACAGAGCUUGGCAAAAUGUACAACAAGAAGUUGAAGAAAAAUAUGAUUGCAUCACAGAACAUGACGGCAAUACCUUCUACGGACUAGUUGUAUACAGUGGUUGAAGGCAAAAGGAUAAACAUAGUGGAUCUCGGAGAGGGAACAUGCAGUUGUAAGAAAUUUCAAAUGAACAAAUUGCCAUGCUCGCACGUUGGGCAGUUAUAAAGCACAAUGGAAUGGGCCCAAUCUAAUUCUGCUCUUUCUACUACAAGAAGGAUUAUCUCAUGAAAACAUGAGAAAUUCCUGUGAAUCCUAUUCCAGAUGAGACUACAUGGGUUGUCCCUAGAUAGGUCAUGGAGAAUGUGGUCUUACCACCAGAAGGGAAGAGAAGUGCUGAAAGGCCAAAAAUCAAGAGAUACAAACUAGCUUCGGAGACUGAUAAUAAUAACAAUAAGAAGAAGAGGGCUAAGCUUUCAUGUGGGCGGUGUGGACAACCUGGUCACAAUAGGAAAACAUGCAAAAAUAUACCAAAGAACUUAGUUUGAAACACUAGACUUUAUGUUUUCGUUUCUUGUCGUUGGAACCAUGUUGAGUACUUAAAAUUCAUAGCAACAGUUGACUCAAAAUUCAUAGCAACAGUUGAGUAGUGCUUUUGAAGCGUGACUAAGCAUUUCAAGUUAGACUAUGCCACAAUGUUGAAAAUAUAUUUCA